AUGUGUGCGUGGCGCUACUCCGGCAGCACCAACAACGCGGCUGGCGGUGCGGCCGCCCCCUCCUCCGCGUCGGUCUUCGGCGGCGCCCCCGCGACAGCCGGGCCGAGCGGCUUCUCGACUGGUCUCGGCGGGAGCGGCGGGGCGGCCGGUGUGUUUCUCCGGCAGAGCGCCGCCGGCUUGAGCGCCACCGAUGGCGUCUUCGGUGCGUCCGCGUUCGGUGGUGGGCCGCCCAGUCGGGUAGGUGGAGGCGGUGGUGGCGGCCUCGGCUUGGGUGCUGCUGCCGGCUUCCCCAUGACGGCCGGUGCGGCAGCGAACACACUGGCGGCGGUGGGGCAGCAGAACGCGGCGAUGCACCGCGGAAGUGAGGGGGAGUACGACGACGAAGAGGAGGAGGCGGAGGUGCCGGAAGAGGGCGACAGCCUUGACAAGUACAGUGACAGUCGGCAUGGGAGGUCGAGUACGGGCGCAUCCCCAGCUGCGGCUGCACCGGCAAAAUCACUGGCCGCCGCGCUGAUGCGUACCACGCCGGCGGCGCCAGGAGCAAAAUUAAAAGACUCGCGAGGUGGGGCUGCCGCCGCCGUCCACGCGCAGCGGACCACCCAGCUCGCAGAAGGGCUCUCCCGACAGCUCUUCAAGGCGCAGAUGAAGGCCCCCACCGCGGUGCCGCCGGACGAGGACGAACUGGAGGAAGAGGGCUUCGAUAUGCUGCCGCUGGCCGAUCAAGACUUUGUGCGCCUCACGCGCGACCUCUUCGAUGACGUGGACGCGGAGCUGCUCUCGGAGGACUUCGUGCCACACGAGCACGUCGUGGGCAUCAUCGCGGACGACGCCAGCGGCACCGAGGCGACGCCGUCGCAGAUCGCGGACAACCUGGUUGACUACAAGAGUCUUGAGGGCGAAAUUGACGACGCCCUGGGCGACUACAUUGAGGCCCACCAUGAAGAGUUCAACGCCGCCAUCGGCGACUUCUCGGAGAUGGUGCUGGCGGUUUCAGGAAGCGACGACACACUCGCGCAGUUUAAGAAGGAGUUGGUGGACGCGGCGGGCUCGCUAGGGAGCCACGCCGAGGAGUUAAAGGUGCUGCGCCUGCGUGCGGCCAAGUCCCUCUUCAUGGCCGAGGCGUUGGAACACAUAAACGACGUCGUUGCGGCGGAAGCGGAGGUUAAGUCGCUCGUGAAAGGCCGGCACUACCUGAGAGCGGUCCAGCAGCUGCAAACGCAGGCGAAGCUGCUCGCCAGUGAUGAGCUGAAGGGCGUCCGCGCCAUUCAGACCUUGCGCGACGCCCACAACACCACGGUGGCCUCUCUCCACCUGCCGAUCAUCGAUGACCUGCUCUCCUGUGUCUUUCGUCAGGAGCGGCUGAUGGUGGCGGAUGCGCAGCUGCUGCAGGAUCUACUAGACAGCAGCGAGCAGGUUUUGAAGGACACGAACGCGUCUGCACCGAGCGUGCAGCACACGGUGCACAAGUACUGGAAGAUCGCCGGUGUGGACGCGGGAGAGGGCGACGAGGACGGGGGCGGGGCUGCCAGCACGGAGGAGGCAACGAAUGGUACUAAUAACAACGAUGCUACUACUGGCACGGGUCGCGACCCCAACGGCAGCAACCAGAACCACGAAGGUAGCGAACAGGGCGGCGUUGGUGGUGGUGAGAGAACAUCAGCGCGAAAGGAACGCACCUUAGCCGCGAUCAUCGAAACGCUCUUCGACGACCCGAAUGAGGCGAAUGUGGCCAGCAACUACCUCCGGUUUGUGCCGCUGUGCGUGAAGAGCCUGGUGCUGCUCGGCAAGGUCGACUACUGCCACGAGACCUUCUUCAGCAAGGCGACGAGGAGCAUUGAGAGGUUCAUUGCACACUUCUUGCGUCUGUACGACGCCUGGCGACGGCGCAGUCGCAGCGGCGCGACGCUGAGCGGGGGAGAUGAGGAGGCCGCCAUCCGCGGCACCUACGUACGUGCGCUAGACCUCGCGAACGAUCUCAUCUCCUUCGAUGAGGCCGUCGCCACCAUCCAGUCGCGCGACCUGCGCGCCAUGCUCGGGGCCCUCUUUACCGAAUUGGAAAAGAUCCUGCGCAACGCCGAGUAUCUUCAAAAGAUUAUCUUGGUCGCGCACUUCCCUUUCAUUUCUAGCUUUAUCGUACAGCCGGUGCCGUUCGAUGCGGAGGCCACGUCGCGGCAGUGGAACGUGAUGGCGGUGCCGCUGCGCGACGCGGGGUGGCUGCGCAACACGCUGGCCACGGUGCUCGACUACGCCCACCACCGCCUGACCGAAACACCGCCGUCACCGUCGUCUUCGUCCGCCACGACCGCAGGGGACACCUCACCGUCCAGCGCGCAGACGCAGCCCGGCAGCCGCAGCCGCAGCGGUGGCGGCGGUGGCGGCGGUGGACCACUUACCCUCAACCCGGACGCCGACGACGUGAUGGCCAAAUUUUUGGAGUUCUUCAGCAUCGACGCCCUUCUUGCGCCGCUGGCCGAUGGCGCGAAGGAGACGGGAGACGCCGCUGCCCAAUCCCGUGCCCCGUCCCCCUCACCGGUGCCCAACAGCUCCCUCGCGUCUGGGGCCGCCGCUGCUGCUGCCGCGUCGACCUCGCCGCUCCUGCUCGCGCUCCAAGCGCAACACCGCUUCCUCACGCUGCACGGCAUCUGCGAAGCCGUCGAUGCUGCGUGCGGCUCCGUUCGCGCCAAAUACCCCUUUGCCUCCGAGCUGCUGCUUUCCAAGCUGGGGAUCGUCUUUCCGGCGGAGCUGCGCGAGGCCGUGCGGGUGAAGCUGGUCGCCGAGGUCCAAGCCAUGCGGCAGGAGUGGGACCUGCAGGUCCUGUGGGCGCAGCUGAACUACCACAUCGAGUUCGUCUUCCACGUCCUCUGCGACGCCAAGGAGGCCCAGGAGGAGGCGGACGACGCGGUCACCUUGCUGCCGUUUCUUCGACAGAAGAAUCUGAUCAGUCGAGUGCAGCGCACGGCCCUCAUUAUGCAGGACACGGAGCGGCAGGGCGACGACGCCAUGACGCUGGACCGGCUGCUGUCCACCUUUGAGUCGUCGGGGCUGCUGCGGAUGGUGGAGGAGACGGGCUCUGUUUCGUUUAGCCUCGUCGGCGCCGUGAAGAAGGCGCAAGCGGACAUCCGCAGGGCGAACGAGGGCCAGCAGCGACAGUACGAGGCGAUACAGAGCGACAUGGCGAAGUUGAUCGUGCUGACGGACGGCGGCGGCGGGGGCGCGGGCGGUGCGGGCAGUUCGGGCCCGCCGCUCGUGCAGCUGCGUGCGUCGAUGCUGCGCCGCUGGUUCGUCUUCACCGCCAUGAACGCUGUGCCGUGCUACGAGUGUGCGGCGCGCUUCUACAGCCGCAGCUGCGACCGCGUCCCCGAGCUUCGCUCGCUGAGCGACGAGGACUGCGUCGUCGGCUUCUUCAAGCGCUUCCUGCGCGCCACGUACAUUCCCACGCUGCACGCCUUUCACUCCCAGCAGCUGCAGCUGCUGUGCAUCAACAUCGGUGACAACGGCGUUGCGGCGCCUUCCGCGGACGGCGGCAGCGGCAGCGGUGGAGGUGGAGGUGGUGGGACGGCCACAUCGACAACGAUCGAUUCCGCCUCCCCGCCUGUAGGCAGCUCCCACAGCAACGCCGCGAGCAAAGCCCCCGCAUCGUUGAACAGUCUCAGCGGCGCCUGGCCGACCGUGGCCGUCGACGGCGUCGCGUUCCCUAUUUUGGCCUGUGUGCAGUACGUUGGACAGGUUCUGGCGAAGAUCAGCGACGUGCGUCGCGUGCUGCCGGAGUCGCUGACGGACGAGGUGGAGCAGAGCACAUCGGAGGCCCUUAUUAUGGAGUUGGUGGUGUUCUUAAAGCGGCAGGUGCAGUGGCUCGGUCGUGGUACGCUGUCCCUCCGCCUGCUCGACCAGCCCUUCGAGGACGCCUUUGCUGGCCUACCGAACCGAAGGUGGGCGGCGCUGGUGGACGAGGAAAACAUGGAGCAGGCACACCGCUUCAUCGAUGAGGACCUGCAGCGGUACUACCAGCUGAACAGCGAACAGCGCACCAGCGGGCACGAGUACAACGAUAGCACCGCCGUGUCGGCGCUGCAGGCCAUGACGGCGUUAGACGCCACGUCGGUCGCCGGGGGCGGGGCACAGCGGACGUCCUCGCAGGACGGCGGCGGUGGUGAGUUGGACCCACAAAUUGGCCGCAUGGAGCCGCGUGACAUCUGCGUGCGCGACGACAGCACGUUGGUCGCCUUCGCGUUGCUCUGCACCUCGGCGGAGUGGCUGUGCGAUGCGUUGCUGCGUCACCUGUGGCCGAGCCAUCGCGGCUCCCGCAACCACACGGACUGCUGCGUGCCGGGGUACACGUUCAGUCGUGAGAUGCGCGUGGGCGACGCGACGGGCUUCGCGAUGGUGGCAGGCGACUACACGGCGCAGCACAAGAUACGCCUCUCCGGCCACCUCACGCGUCUGUGCUCCAUUGCGCAGGUGUCGCUGUUUCACCUCUCCGUCGAGGCCCGCUUCCUGGCCUUCUUGUUCCUCCCGCAGCUGCGCGAUGUGUCUUACGACGUGGUGGCUGUGUCGAGCGCGGCGGACAGCUUCGUCCAGGCUUACGCGCGUCGCCUGCACAACUUCUACGCCAUUCUCCGCCAGCACCUCUACGCCAAGAAGAUCAAGUUUACCUGCCUUACAGCAGGACGCCCUGCGAGUGAGUUGGUGUUGUGCGAGUUGGCGCACUUGCGGUACAAGGCGAUUUCCCCCGCCGGCUUAAUGCGUCUGCGGACGGACCUGCUCGUCAUGCAGACGACGCUGCAGUUGGUGCUGCCGGCCGACAGCGACGUGCGGGAGACGGUGUCGCGCGACUUCGUCCGCCCCGCGCUGUUUCUGCGCUACGUCUUCAACAAGGACGUCGUGAACGAGAUAGUUUCCAGCCUCGACUACCAGAACUUUUCGGCAAAGGAGGUGGAGGUGCUGAUCCGGCUCGUCUUCCGCCAGGUCUCCGGCGCCAACGACGACUCCUUGGCAACGCAGCACAUCCAAUUCUUUUAUCAGAAGCUGCAAACAAUCGAGAAGCUGCGCGACGGCCGCGUCGUGACGACGACGACGACGACAGGAGCAGCAGCCGCAGCAGCGGCGAACGCCAGCGCCCCGGCCAGCCCACGCGGUGCGGCUGGAAAGGCCUCCCCUGCUCCUUCCUGGGCGAACAAAAUCAUCACCAACAGGAAUAGUAGCAACAUCCGAGACGGCAGUGGGGACAGGGGCGGUCCGUCCUUGUCGCAGUCGGCGUCCGUCAGCGCCGCCGCGGUGGUGGCCGCCGCGUUGAACGAAGACGACAACGAUCGCGUCGACUUCGCCGCGGCUGAGGAGGAAAGUCCCGCCCUGCCGCUGCCACUGCUGUCGUCGUCGCGCAGUCGACAAAAAACGGCGGUGGCGCCCGCGCCGACCGCCACGGCGACUCCGUCGACGACGACGGCAACUUCGAAGCCUGCGAUUCCGCCACCAGCGGCUGCAGCAGGAGGUGUGGCUGCACCAGCAGCAUCCAGCGAAGAGGAGGAAGAGGAGGAAGAGGAGGAAGAGGAGGAAGAGGAAGAGGAAGAAGAGGUGGAAGAGGAGGAGGAGGUGGAAGACACCGAAGACGACGAAGAGACCCCGGAGAGGGCUGCUGGGGCGACUCGCCCUGCGCCGCCUGCAGCCACACCUGCACAACCUCUAGCUGGAAGCGCUGGUACAACCGUCGCCGCAGCAGCCGGAGGAGCGGCGCGGCACGUUGAUCCGGCGGCGCGGCCUCCGCCGCCGCAACGCCCCGUCGUACCACCACUCGCGACGGAUGCCUUAAUGGCCGCGAGGGCAGAGAAGUCGACGACUGCUGCUGCAGCUCCUGCUGCGAGGGGCGGUGUGAGAGUAGAGAGCAGCGACGAGGAAGACGAGGAGUACGAAUACGUGGAGGAGGAGACGGAGGAAGAGACGGAGGAGGACGAGGAGGAAAAGCCUGCGCCUGCGGCCACAGCGCAGAGACAUGCGCCCCCUCCUCGUCUCCCUGCACCGCGUCGGCCUUAG